CACUCUCUCUCUCUCUGUUUCUCUGGUCUGUCUCUGUCAUUUCUUCUUCUCUCUCUCUCUCUCUCUCUGUCUCUCUCUCUCUCACACACACACACACACACACACACACACACCACUCUGUUGACUCGCUCUCCGCUCCGGUCUCUGUGUGUAACGAUGUCAGAUCUGGAGAACUGCCUGAACACCAUCAUUCACAUCUUCCACAAAUACUCGGAGCGAGAAGGAGACAAAAACACCCUGAAGAAGAGCGAGCUGAAGGAACUGCUCACACACGAGCUGCCGUCAUUCACGCAGCAUAUAAAGGACCCGUCCUCAUUUGAUUCUCUGAUGGAGGGUCUCGACGCUGACGGAGACGCCGAGUGCGACUUCCAGGAGUUCAUGACCUUCAUCACCAUGGUGACCAUCUGCUGCCACGAGUUCUUCGAGCACCAUGAGGACGAAUGAGAUGGAGAGGAAAGAGGGAGAGCUGGAAAAUAAACGAGAUUUUAUUAUUAGUGUAACAGCAUAGAAUCACAAUCCAUGACUUAGAGUUAUUAUUAUUAUUAUUUCUGUUUUGUUGGGGAUUGGCUGAUUAUUCCCGGGUUUAACUCGAUUAAACUGGUUUUGACUGGUUUUUACAGAGUGGCUUUAGCUGGUUGUAACUAGUUCUUACUGGAUUUGACUGGUUUGUACUAUUUUUGACAAGUUGUGACUGCUUCUAGCUAGGUUUGAUUUACUUUGACUGGUUUUGACUGGUUCUAACUGGUUAUGGAUGAAUUAUAAUAAAGUAACUAGUUUUGACUGGUUUGUUCUGACUGGAUUUGACUGGUUUGAAGUGGUUUUGACUUGUGCGACUAGUUUUAAUUAGUUUGUAAUGACUGGAUUUGACUGGUUUUAACUGGUUUUGAAUGCCUUAUACUGGGAUGUUGAUGGUUUUUCAAAUCAAAUGUAAGCUGAAUUUCUUAUCAAUUAUCGCUGUUAUCUUUUUUUUUUUUCUUUUUUAGCCAAAUAUAUCUGACCAUAUCUGAUACCUAACCAUAUUUGCUAAUUUUUUUUUUUUGUGUGUGUGAAAAUAAAACAAGCAAAAGGAAUGUAGUGACUGGAACACAUAACCCCAGUUUUCCAUAAAAUGGAUGAAUUUGAGUAAUAUUUUAUAUUUCACUGUGAAACAUAACAGACGGUUAUAAAACACUCCAGUCUGAGUGAGUUUUUUCAGUGGCACUUAAAAAAUAAAAUAAAAGCUUUUGACAAAUCACACCGUUACUUAAUCAGAAUUAAAUUCAACCAAAAUGUUACACUGAGUUAUUAUUUUGUGGUUCUGUGGAAAGUAAAUUCACGAUGUUCACUUUUUAACACUGUGAGCUACUACUGGUACUGACAUUAGCUAAAACGCUACGCAUGAAACGUACAGGUCCUGCUACGUUCCUCUGUCAUUUCUAAUGGAAGCUUGUAACCGAUAAUAAAAAUGAUUUCAAUACA